GGGCGUGCAACAUUUGGCAACUUUUCGCCGUUUGCAACUGGCUGAGGCGCUAAAAGUUUUGCUCUGCGCAUGCGCAGUUGCUCAACCGGUUGUGCGUACAGACACAAGUAGACCCAUAUCGAAACACACAGUGAACCGUUAUUUAUUUAUUUAUUUUUUUGAAUGGAUCACACAGUGCUCAGGUAUUUUUUUCGAAUUUCUGUAAACCAGGAUGAUUUCUUUGUUUCUGCUUAAAUAUCUUUGAAGAGAGCAGAAGUAUGCCGUUUCAAUAGUUUCAACUAACAUCAAUCAUUCAAACUGAUUUUGAUAUGAAGUUUGUGUUUUGCUUGCCUAUAAUACUGUAUGGUUAAGUUUCUAGCCAUGUCGAACUUGCAAAAUUCACUCGCGCCAAAAGUAUUUCUAAGUCCAUUUGUUCUUUCAACUGUUAUGUUAGAUAAUUCGAAUUGCCUUGGUGAUCAAGAGGGUUUCUUAAUUGGAAGAAGUUAUAAAUCAAUUCGUUUUGAGAUUAAUGAUCAAUCAAUGUGCAAUACUGAGGAAGACCUUAUGAUAAGUGUCUUUUCUGCUUAUCCAUGUGGUAGCUUUCUAUCAUUCUAUGAUAGCAAAGGUGUAAUUAACUUAGACUUCAUCAAAAAUUUUCUAGGUGACAGAAUAAAGUCUGUUAUUGGGUGGUAUCGAUUUCGCCGCAAUGUUCCUCCUUAUCCCUCUGCACGUGAAGCUAUUGUGCAUCGCAAUUUGAUGAGAGCUUUUUCUGGAAAUUUAGCAAUUGGAGACAAUUUCUUUAUUUAUGGAGUCUUUGGGUCUUCUGCAUCUGAGAGUGGAGCAACACACACUUAUGAUUAUGCUUUCUAUGUUGAAAGACCCGAUAGGUUUGUACCUCUAGUAAUGUCUAUGCUGAACUUGAUUGACACUAAAACAAAAUACCGAAGUGGGUCCCUAGCCAGUUCAUUUGUCAAUUCUCAGACUUUUGAUUCUGUUUUAAAUAUUGCUUGGAGUUUUGAAAGCUGUUGGCAAACAGAGGAUGGCAUUCAACAAAUGCACAAACUGUUGCGUGAUAAGUGUUCAAAUUUAGCUGAGGAGUUAACAGCUUCUGAAUGCGUGAAUGCUACUAUUGAAGAAGAUGUUUUCCGAUUAGAAGCUGAGUUGGAAUCUCUGACAAUGAGUGAUAAGCAAUCUUUUGUUACAUGGAACGAUGAGUUUGAUGACCAGGAGAAUGUUGAAAAUAUUCCACCUUAUCGAGAAUCAAAAAAUAUCAAACCUACUAGAAAACGGUAUUGGAGUGAAGUCAUUGACUUUGAAAAUGAGAAGCGACAUUCAGUAUAUGGCAAAUACUUUGAACAAAAUAAAGCUCAAGACCCUCAAGAAUCAAGUGAGAGUGGUUAUUAUAUUCCUCCAAAAAAGUUAAAAGUUUUACAAGAACAUAAACGAGUCAUUGAUCAUGAUUAUAGUAGUGCAUCUGAUGAUGCUCAGGAGAUGGAUGACAAAGCUGAUGAUAUGGAUGGCCAUUCAGAAACUGAAGAUUCUGCUUAUGAUAAUGGUGCUGCUUGUGCUCCUACUGAAAGUGUUUUAAGUGAAAUAAAAAGUGAGUCUUCAUUAGAUAGUGAAAGAGAAGAAAAGCCUAAAAUGGAUAAAGAUAGUGACCCUAAUUCUAUGAGCACCACUUCAAAUAAAAGUGAAGAAAACGAGAACAUGGGUAUAGAAAAUAAUAAUGCCAAUAUUUCAGGUCUCUCUUGAAUAUUUGUAAUUUAAAAUAUGUAUAUGUAUGUACGUAAAUAUAUAUAUAUAUAUGUCCAUUGUAA